GUAUUCCUUGUAUGCCGUUUCGUGUAAACAGUAAUUACGGAGUGUAAUGAAGUGCCAAGAUAGUGUAUUAUACUGCAGAAAAGUUUUGUAUGAAUGCAUAGAACCAAAUAUUGUAGAAGGUUAUUUGAUGUAACGUAAUUUUUGUUUAUGCACUUGUUUUCGUUUGAGAUGUAAACACGAAUAGUUGACUUGAUGGAAGGUUUUAUUGGAUUACAUAUUGGAGCCGGUGAUCACUCGCUGAAGCUGUAUCCGGAAUAUAAGAAGCUUUGCCAAGCAGCAUGCAGAAAGGGCAUGUCGCUGGUACGGGCGGGCAGCCCCGCGCUGCAGGCGGCCGUGGCGGCCACGGCGGUGCUGGAGGACUCGGCCCUCACCAACGCCGGCUACGGCUCCACCCUCAACUGGGAGGGCGGGGUGGAGUGCGACGCGAGCGUCAUGGACGGGGCGUCGCUGCGCCACGGGGCCGUGGGGGCCGUGCCCGGGGUGAGGAACCCCGUGUGCCUGGCGCACCGCCUGUGCCGCGAGCAGGAGCGCCCGACGCUGCUGGGCGAGCGCACUCCCCCCAGCAUGCUUGUAGGCAUAGGCGCUCGCAAGUGGGCGGAGCUUGCGGGUAUCGAAACUGUCCCUGAAAGGAGCCUCAUUUCUGCAAGAGCUUCAAGAAGGUACCAGCACUACAAGAAGAAACUGGAGGUACUUGGAAUGUUGAAAAAUAAGGUCUUGACUCCACUGGACACGGUGGGCACCUUGUGUGUGGACUCCGAGGGCCACGUGGCUUCCGCGUGUUCCAGCGGGGGCAUAGCCCUCAAGUGCCCGGGCCGGGUGGGGCAGGCGGGGGUGCACGGGGGCGGCUGCUGGGCCCAGGACGCAGAGGGGGCCCGCCCCGCCGUGGCCGCCUGCACCUCGGGCAGCGGGGAGCACCUGGUCAGCACGCUGCUCGCCCGCGAGGCAGCCCGGGACCUCAUGACGCCCCUCUCGGGGUCCGGCGUCGUGGCCCUGCACGACUGCUUCCGGCACAAGUUCCUGGGCUCGCGUUUCCUGAAGGAUGUGCCAGAGGACAGCCGGCUGGGAGGGGCCAUCGUCGUCAGGAGCUGCUCAGCGGACGGAGAGUUCCUGUGGGCCCACACCACUAACAAGAUGGUCGUUGCCUUCAUGAGUGCCGCGGACAAGAAGCCUACCGUGCGUGUGUCGAUGCUGCCGGCGAGGGCGCAGCAGGGCAGGGUGGUCUCCGUGGAGGGCGUGGCCUUCAAGAGCCCCGCCCCGGCGGGCUCCGGUGGCGACAGCGAGGGGGAGCUGCUCCUCUGAGCCGCCUGCCGUGUAUCUUGUGUCAAUGGAUUUCUUAACAACAGUGUAGCUUUUUCCUUUCCGACAGUGUUGCCGGGACGGUGUUCUACGUGGGGUAGCCAUUUCAUGGUGAACCAUGGACGUUUAGUAGUGCAGUAACCACAAUCUCAUUGACCCGUUGGGGGAAGAGAUCCUCUCUCACGGAGAAUAGCUAACGAUUACAAGUGUUUUAUCGCAUAAUCGUCGCACAUUUUACACUUAAAUCAAGUUUGAAAAGUAGGAAUGCAAUUUUUAUGAGAAAAUUUUUUUUUUUUUUUGUUUGGUACAGUUAUUCAUAAAAACAAAACCCAUUCAUGGAAAGUACAUUUAUUUAGAAAGUAGAGUAUACAAAAGCAUGCCAAACAAUUUAAAUUAAUAAGUCAUGCAACAAAAAUCUUUCUUCAACUUUAAAUAGAAAAACAAAAUCUGUGACCUACAUGCGAGCCUGAACUAACGUCUUUGAAUAUAUAUACUGUAUAGAAGUCGCCAGCCCAGGUUAAAAUUUCUAAUACGGUUUUGAGGUAGUUGGUUAAUUCACCGCCGCAAUCGCCACCAUCUCUAGGGCAUCGACUUGUGGUGGUCCCUAGCGGACAAGUGUCGAACUCUUCAAACACCCCUUCCCCCUCCCGUUGAACGACGUUGAGCUGCAGUGAAUGAUGGGUGAGGGGUGCGGGGAAUGACAGCGGGCGACAGCGCUGCGCUCUAACGUGUAAAUAACAACUAAGACGAUACAGGGCGUUACGGCAGCGCACUGCAGCGGCGAAGUUCCCAAGCUGCUCAUCAUACGCUUCUGAAAAACGUAGAGUAAAUCCUAUCCACUCGCGACUUCUAUACAGUAUAUAUAUUCAAAGCUAACGUAUAACUAUCGUUGUAGUACACACUUACCACAAAAGAGUGCGGACCAUCGUUGCAUGCAAUCAGCGAGAUAUUGAUAUUCGACUACGUGUGCACGCUCUAUAUGGGAAGCAACAUAACCAAACCAUGAAUGAUGCCAACUAGAGCUGGCUACAUUAUUAUAAGGGGUACACCGCAGCGACACAGACCCUGAAUAAAUAUUAGAUUUCUACUUUAUAACACAUUGUUUUAUACGGAAAAGAUACCUACACAAAGCACUCGGAAUCUAAUAGCGGGACCAAAAAAAUCAUGCGAAGGUUAUGCGAGAGGUUUUUGUAUCCAAAUUUUGACGCUUUAAAAUAGAGGUGCGACGAUUAUGCACGUAUGAUGAUUAUAAUUUGUGACAAAAUGAUUUCCCAUGUCAAACUAAAGCUUCAAAAGCAUUAUACCAGCAGAAAUAUUUAGUUACACAUCUAAAAAAAUACUCACAUAACACUGUUUAACAAUACUUAUUUACACAAGUAAUUAAAUUAAUAAUGCAUACAUGAACGAAGAAUAUUUUCUUUUGAAUAUGGCCCGUGGCACGGUGCGCAACAAUAAGUUAAAAUCCCAUUGUGUUUCCCUCUACCCAAAUACUCCCUAAAGUCAGGGGGGCGUCAGGCGCAAGCGGGUCCCUAUCCGUGCAGCAUGGCGGGGUUCAACCUGAGCCGCACGCCGCCACGUGGAGCCCGCCCAAGAAUGCUCCAACGAUCACCGCCCGCACCAAUGGCCCCGGAGUGGGGAUAGCGUGACGUCCCUCCCCAAGAAACAACCACGCACAUGAAAGUGACAGCGCAAGUUUGCUGUCAUUUGUACCCUUCCCUGUCGUCUAUAUCGAUUCUCCAUCAAAUACCUGUUUCCCUCUAAUCCCCUUCUCUACCGGUUUCUCCACUACAUACUUAUCUAUGCGUCUGUCGUUAAUCACAGCUCAUAAAAUCAACCCUAAGGGUGCUUGCACACACACCGGUUUUUUUUCAGUAGUCUGCUCCGAAAAUGUAUCCGAUGCUGGGAGGGGUUUUUGCACAUGCAGCGGUACAGCAUAGCCGGUAGUUAGGCUUCAGCAUUCAUGGUAGAAAUAUGGUCUUCUGUGUGGAACAGAAGUUUUACAUUGCUGCAUUUAUGCCUUAGUCGCAUCUUACUCCAAAGAUGGCAUUUGCUACAUACUACACUGUAAAUAUUUUUUUGUCAAAUUUCAUAUGCAAAGAUUUUGUAAUUUUACAUUUAUGUUGUGUUAUUUUUAAGGAAAAUAACUAUUUACAGUAGGCGUAAUUUUACACAAAUGUUUCUUAAAAAUGUUAAUGUGCUCAAGCUUUGGUAAAAAUACACAAAUAUACAUUGUUAUUACAUUAACUGACAUAUUGCACAUUUGAAUUUAUAGAUAAAAUUAUAUUUUCAAGUGUUAAGUUGUUCAAUGUCCUGGCUGGUUUUUUGGAGUAUACUGUACUUGUAGAUGCACGCACACACAGUCAUUGCAAGUGUGCAAAAUAUUUGUCAAGAGUCCAUUUAUAACUACCCGUGAACUGCUAAUAAAAUGUCUUUUGCAAUUGUUACAGACAAA